AUGUCGGUUACGUUCCUGCUAGACGUGAGACAGCAAGGAUCCCGAUCAAGCAAAUCUUCUCUCACCGCCACAAUCAAUGACUAUGGGAGUGCGAAGCAAUGGAAGGCGGCACUGGAGCUGUUCCGGAGAGCACAAACGCGACGCGUGCAAGUCAAUACCAUUCAUUACAAUGUCACCAUAACUGCGUGUGGAAAAGGCUGGCAGUGGUGGCAGGCACUGUCGCUGCUCAGCGAACUGAUGGAAAGGAGAUUGCGGCCGAGCGUCAUCAGCUGCAGCUCUGGAAUCAGUGCGUGCGAGAAGUGUGGCCAGUGGCAGCAAGCGUUGUCGUUGCUCCGGCGUCUGCCAGAGCAGAGGUUGGAGCUGGACGUCAUCUACAACGCUGGAGUCAGCGCGUGCGAGAAGCGCGGGCAAUGGCAGCAGGCGUUGUCGCUGCUGGUUGAGAUGCAGGAGGCGGAACUGGAGCCCAACGUCGUCACCCGCAGCGCUGGAAUCAGCGCGUGCGAGAAAGGUGGACAGUGGCAGACUGCACUGACGCUUCUCAACCAGUCCCGGGAGGCGAAGCUGCAGCUCAACGCAAUCAGCUACAACGCCGGGAUCAGCGCGUGCGAAAAGGGCAGACAGUGGCAGCACGCCUUGUUGCUGCUCUGCGACCUGCGCGAGGCGAAGUUGAAACCCAGCGCCAUCCUGCAGCGCCGGAAUCAGCGCGUGCGAGAAGGGCGGGGAGUGGCAGCAGGCACUGUUCCUCCUCGCCCGGCUGCAGGAGGCGACGCUGGAGCCCAACGUCAUCAGCUGCAACGCCGCGGUCAGCGCGUGCGAGAAAGGGGGGCAGUGGCAGCAGGCGGUGUCACUGAUUGA